CUUCAUCAUAUUAUUGGGGAUUUUGGGGGGAGAGAAGAGUUUCCUUUUGGCAGAGGCGAUCCUGAAUUCCAGAGGGAGUUUUUUUUUGGAGGGAAACUCAGAGGCUUCGAUUUGCUUACGAUUUCCCCGAUCCCUCUACUUUUUCUCCAUUCCUAUCAGCUUCUGUUCGAGCUCCAUAGAAGCGGUAGCAAGCAAGCAGCAGCAGCAACGGCUAGCAGGAAUAAGAACUUCAAGACCGACGCCUACAAUUUAAUUAGAAACCGAUCAUUUGAAACACUUCUGCUGGAAACAUUAGACACCCACCCAAUUCAUUACUCAAGAAUCAGGACAGACAAAUGUGUCAUACUUGAGCAUCAUUCCAAAACGCCAGAUGAUAAUAAAUUAUGCUGGUCAUCUAAUUGCAUAUGUCAAACAAGGUUUAGAUCAUGAAGAUUGACACGAUUUAAGGAUAAAGGCUACCAGCAGGCUGCAUGGGGGAUCUAUCAUUGAGUUUUGAUUCCAUUAUCCAACUUUCAAGAAAUGCAAAGAUAAGAAUGAUCAUCAAUCAUUAUUACUUUGUGUGAUUUAUUAUGCCAUUUAUCAACUCUUUCUCCAAUUUUUGAACUCUUUUUUUACAUGUCCUAGCUGAAGGCUCUCUUGCUUAUUUCAGCAUGCUUUCUUUUGAAGAAGAACUGUUUGUUAAUGACUCCCAUGUGUUUAGUAUCUUAUCUGAUCAUUAAGGCCUUGUUUGAUGUCACUCAUCUAAUCAUCAAUUACUUUAUCAUUUAAUCAUAAAUAAAAUACCCUUACUUUACAUUUUAUAACAUGUGAAGAUAUUAAAUACAAAUAGUAUUUAGUCAGUUAAUCUAACUAAUUCAAAAAAACUCAUCUAACAAGCUCUGAGUUAUGUAAACAUAACAAACUCUUAACAAGUUAAAACUUAAAACCCACUACUAUUAGUGUCUACAACUCCCUGGAUCUCUUAAGCUCAAAAAACUUCCUAAAUCUUGUGUCUUUCUUAUUGUUUUGGCUUUCCCUUUGCGAUACUCAGCCUAUUGGGUAAUGGGUAUGGAUUAAGUUUUCCUUUUUCUUUUAUUUUUUCCGUUUUACAAGGGUUUUUUCAUUUAUUAAAAGAUGUUGCGCCUGAUUUUCCAAAAAAAAAGAAAAGGAAAAAGGGUUUUGUGUUUCUCUUAUUUUCUAGGAAUGAUGCUAUAUAUAUUCCAGCUUGAUUUCCAGACGAGUUUGUCAGGUCAAGAACAACAUAGCUGGUGGAUAGGGUUAGAUUCUCACAUGCGUGGCUUCUUACUUUGAUUAUUAUUAUUUUAUAACACCAUCAUCCAUUAAUUCAUUAUUCAUUGAGGGGAUAAUGAUGAGCCAGGGAAGCUCUUCUCCUAAAUUGUCAUGGGACUAUUUAUUUCCAUUAUUCCUCCAUCUCUUUAAACAACAUGAAGAAUCUUGUUGGUUUUCUCUUUUCAAUCACUAAAAAAAAAGAAAAAAAAAGAGGGAAAAUAUCAUUUAAAGCCAUCCCAUUAGGGUUAGGGGUUGGUAUUUUCUCUCUUUUUUCAACCUUCACUACUUAAAAGUGGAAUGCAUUAUUUAAAAAUGGUGGGGUCUAAACCCCAACCUACUCACACACACAAACACUUUGAGCAAUCAAGAUAGAAACAAACCAUACACUUUUUUCCUCUUUUUUCUCUACUUUAAAUUGAACUGGUGUUUCCUUUCUCUGUUUUUUCCUGCAUCAUAGAUUCUCUCCACACACUACUCUCCUAUCAAGUCAAAGAGAAAAGAAGAGCCACGGCUCACAGCUCAUCAGGAGGAGGAGGAGGCAUAUAUUCUCCAAACAUUACCCCACCUAACCUUAUUACGUUUCCUCAUGAUCAGAGUAUAAAUAAAUCUUACACAGACAGUCCAACCAACCAUUUUUAUUCAAAGAAGAAGAAGAAGAAGAUGAGGCUGGUCUUAUCAAGUGAUGCAAAACCCAGGUUGAAAUGGACUCCUGAACUUCACCGUCAAUUCAUAGAAGCUGUCUCUCUUCUUGGAGGACCAGAAACAGAAGCUACUCCUAAGAGCUUGAUGAGAGUGAUGGCUGUUCCUGGUCUUACACUCUUCCAUCUCAAGAGCCAUUUGCAGAAAUAUAGGCUUGGGACGAGGAAGAAAGGAUGUCAAUCCUCAAAUACCCAUCAUGAAGAAAAUGAUUCAGAAUCCAUUCCAAUUUUCUCAGUUGCAGAUGAUGAUGAUGAUGAUGAAAAGGAUCGAGUAGUAGACAAAAGCUGGAAAAUAGCUCAUGCACUGAAGAUUCAAAUGGAAGUCCAGCAAAAACUUCAUGAGCAAAUAGAGGUUCAGAGACAUUUACAGCUAAGGAUUGAAGCUCAGGGGAGAUAUUUACAGUCGGUGUUAAAGAAAGCACAAGAAACCAUUUCAGACUACAACACUUCGGCCAUUGGAGUAGAACUUGCAAAAGAAGAAUUGUCCCAAUUAGUCUCUAUAAUUGGUAUAGGCGAUUCAAGUUCUUCAUUGGAGAGUUCACUCACAUCAACAGAAUGUCAUGAUUAUGAUCAAGACGAUGAAAAUGUGAAGAGGAAUGAUGGAAGGCCAGUUGAGCUACCCUUAAUGGAUAUGGGUUCAAAUGAUUGCAGUUAUGGUGAGCAACAAUCUGAGAAAAAAUUUGAUCUAAAUAGCACCAAUCAGGCUGAUUCAGAGUAUUGACUAGAGAACUUAAAAAAGAACAAAUUAUGUGCACAUAAACUGUUUGUUCUUCUUCCAGAUCACUUGAAAGUAUAUCCAUGUCAAGAAAGUGAUGGAUCUUAUCCUCUGAAAAAAGCAGACAAAACACAUGGCAGGGGCACAUGUGGGCAUAUGCUAAUUACUCAUGAUUUAUUCCUCUUGUCUGUAAAAUCCAUCCAAACACCGCAAGAACCCAAUAAUAAACAAAUCUCUCAAACUUCAAUCUUCUUUCGUCUACAUGUUCAUAGCAGUGUGUACAUCUUAAAAAAAACUGUACAAAAAAAAUGAUCUUGACCAAAACGACAUAGUUUAUUCACACAAAAAACACAAAAGACAGAACAACUAUUAAGAUUGAAAAACAGCUUUACAAUGGUUAUGUACAUUGGGGGUGCUUUGCUUAUUCUCAGAGAGAGAUUUGAGAGAGAGAUUUGAGAGAGAAACAGAGAGAGAGAGAGAGAGAGAGAGAGGUGAUAAAGUUUACAACUUUUUAUUCAUCCAUUUCAUCAACGGAAGCAGCAGAAGAAGCACUGGAAUCAGUCCGGUCUAAGCUUGAAUCUGAAUUUGAAUCAUCAUUUCUUCUAUCCCUAUUGAAAGAAAAAUUAACCCAGAUCUCUCUCCUCCUCCUGCUCCUCCGUCUCCCACUCUCUUGUUCAUCAUCGCCUUCAUCUUCAUCCACUUCUUCGUCUACUAGUUUCUUCUCCCCAUCAUCAUCAUUUUCAACAGGCAUCUUGUACCUGCAAACAGGGCAAGAUCCAUGUAUUCCCAACCACUUCUCUAUACACUCCCCAUGAAAUUUAUGCUUACAAGGCAUCUCUUUAACCUUCAUGCCUACUUCCCAAUCGUCCAAACAGAUCAUACACCCAUUCUCUCUAUCCUCCUCGCAGAUCUCUACGCUAAGCAUCGCAUCUAUAGACGAUUUAGACGCCGGCGGUUGGCCUUGCUUGUUUACAAGUAAAUCGCGGAACAAUGAAUCGAUUCUUGAAAAGGUGCCUUCGAUUACAACCAUACCUUGGGUCAUGGGGUUGAUGAGGAUGAUCCGGCCACGAGGUCUGGCGGAAGAAGCGGAUUCGGAAGGGUCUGGAUCUGAUUGGGAAGCAUCUACUUCUACUUCUUCUUCAUCUUCAUCUUGUUCUUGGUUGAAGUUGGAUGAAUUGGUGAGGCCAAGAAGAAUUGGAAGGAAGAUAGAAAGGUCUCUGUUCCUGGAAGUGAUGAGUCUUUCAAGAAAAGAGAGCUCUGGGGAUUCUGCUUCAGACUCCAUUAACAGA